ACGAAGUGGUCGGUUUAAAUGUUUGUGUACUUUUUCUAUAGUGAAAUAACAAUAAAUAUUUUCAAUGUUUUUAUACUUAAAACUGUGUACUUAAGCAUGACUGUUCUUUAAGAUUAUUAUUGGAUUUUCAUAAAUUCCUACGAACGAAAAAAAUUAAAAUAAACCUGAUCUCAACUUCACCAAAAUGUACUCCAAUUCUGUAACUGCCAGAUGCCUUUACUACGUAUGUGGAAAUAUCACCUUCAUCCUUGGACUUUUCAUCACUUUGUUUUGGAAACCACUAUUUUACAGUUCCUUUAAUUCGGAUCUCAGAUUAACGAGUGGGUCUCAAAACCACAAAGUAUGGACCGAAAACACUGUACCGAUUUACACUAAAAUUUAUAUGUUCAAUUGGACCAAUCCAGAGCAAACCUUGAGCAAGUCAGAGAAAGCUAAUUUCACAGAAAUGGGUCCAUAUAUUUUUAGGUAUACUAUGAAGAAAUCCGAUACUGUUUGGAACAAGAACGAUACAGUUACGUUCAACUUGGACAGAAUAUGGGACUUCGUACCGGAAAUGUCCAAUGGAAACCUUUCAGAUAGUGUAACUAAUAUUAACGCUGUGGCUAUAUCUCUCGGACACCGAGUGAAAGAAUUCAACUCUGUUGGUAAAUUGAUCAUGAACCAAGCUCUAAGACUGAUCGAGCGGCAAGUAUACAUCACAAAAUCAGUGGAGGAGCUUCUUUUCGAAGGCUAUCGAGAUCAAUUGCUCUCAGUGAUUGAUAUUUUCAAGAAACUAGGAAUAAAUACAGGUUCUAUACCGGGUAGAUUUGGAUGGUAUUUCAACAAAAAUGCCACAGCUGAUGACAGGCCUAUCUUCAACAUUCAUACGGGUACAGACGAUCUCAACCUUUUGGGUGAAGUGCAUUCGUGGAAUUAUAAAACCGAAUGCGGCGUUUAUUCCGCCCAAUGCGAUAGAGUACGAGGCUCACUGGGCGACCUUUGGCCCAAGAAUGCAGCCGAAAAGCAAACAGCUUCCGUCUUCGUACCGGAUUUCUGCGGAGCCAUAGAUUUAACCAAACAAGGCCCUCGUACAUUACACGGCAUAGAAACCGUACGUUUUGUUAGUACUGAAAAAACCUUCGACAAUGGAGUCAAAAACCCGAAAAAUAGUUGUUACAGCAAGAAUACCACCGUCAGUAUACCCUACGGCGUUCGAGACCUAUCGGAAUGCGUACACGGACCUAUAUACGCCUCGUUUCCACAUUUCUACUCGGCCGAUCAUACCUACAGAUUAGAUAUUAACGGUAUGAAUCCAGUGGCUGCAAAACACCAGUUCUCCAUCACACUGCAUAAGGAAUUGGGAAUGCUAAUGGAGAUACUAGGUCGAUUACAAAUAAACGUUAAAGUCGAACCUUAUCCAGGAUUUGGAUUCUUCUCAGAUUUACCAGAAAUUAUGGUUCCUACUUUUUGGUUCGAGCAGUACAUCGAAUUUCCCAAGGACUUAGAAGAUCAACUUACAUUGCUCCUCAAUUACGCUCCUAUUCUGAUAUCACUUAUCGGAUACGUUCUCAUUAUCGCCGGUGUUAUCCUAAUAAUUGUCGGAUAUUAUUGUACAAAAUAUUAUCGCGAAUCUGAAUCGUUCGAUGAGUUAAUUUUUUUUGACGUUCUUAAAAGGUGAAUUUGUCCUCCGAUUCUACAUACAAUCUCACGAUGUUAUUUUUGAAUUUUCUUACAAUUGUUUUUUUUUUUUUUGAUCUCGAGGAGCAAAGACAUAUUUUUCAAUUGUGUCUUGUAAAAAAAAAAAAAAAAACUGAUACGAACUAUCCCACCUAAAUAAAAAUGCAUUUUCUACAACACGAAAGCGCCUUCGUAAUAAAAUUAGACAACAUAUUCGACAUGAAAAUAUUACCAGCAAAAUAUCGUUGCAAUUUUUAGAUCAAGUCGACAAUUGACAAUAAUUUUUUAUUUUUUAUUUUUUUUUAAAUACUCAAUUAAUUUACCACGUUUAUUGAACUAAAUGCAAAGGAAGGGACGAGAGUGUAAAGUAUUCGUGGGUGAAACAAAAUGGAAACUGAUCGUUGAAUAUGAACUUAGAAUAAGUAUUACCUAUUUAAGUUGUUUUUUAUUCGUCGUAAAAAAAAUUAAAAUAUAUUUUUUUAAAGCCA